AUGGCUAAUUCAUGCAGAAAACUAGUAUUUAAUAUUUACAUAGGAUUUUACUGCUCAGCAGUCAUCAUGCCCCAAAAAUGUAUUUGUCCUCAGUUCACAAGUUCACCUAUUGAUGAGUUCAAUAAGGACGCUGAGGCUUUUCCAGCAGCCACCAAUGGGCAAAUAUUUCCUUGGCAUGAGCUGAGGCUCCCCACUGUGGUCAUUCCUCUCCACUAUGACCUUCUCAUUCACCCAAACCUCACCUCCUUGGACUUUGUUGCAUCUGAGAAGAUCGAAGUCUUGGUUCGAGAUGCCACCCAGUUCAUUGUCUUGCACAGCAAAGAUCUUGAAAUCAUAAAUGCCUCCCUUCAGUCAGAGGAGGAUGUGAGAUACAGGAAACCAGGGGAAAGGCUAACUGUUUUGAGUUAUCCUGCUCAUCAGCAAAUUGCCCUGCUGGUUCCAGAGAAACUUAGGGCUGACCUGAGAUAUUCCGUGGCUAUUGACUUCCAGGCCAAGCUAGCUGAUGGUUUUGAAGGCUUUUAUAAAAGCACGUACAGAACUCUUGGUGGUGAAAUAAGAACGAUUGCAGUAACGGAUUUUGAGCCAACCGAGGCACGAAUGGCUUUCCCUUGCUUUGAUGAACCAUUGUUCAAAGCCAACUUUUCCAUCAAGAUAAGAAGAGAGAGCAGACACAUUGCCCUCUCCAACAUGCCAAAGGUUAAGACGAUCGAACUUGAAGGAGGCCUCUUGGAAGAUCAUUUUGAAACUACUGUAAAAAUGAGUACCUACCUUGUAGCCUACAUAGUUUGUGAUUUCACUUCUGUAAGUGGUACCACCUCGUCAGGGGUCAAGGUGUCCAUCUAUGCAUCCCCAGACAAAUGGAGUCAAACACAUUAUGCUUUGGAAGCGUCACUGAAGCUGCUGGAGGUUUAUGAAAAUUACUUUGAUAUUCACUAUCCACUCCCCAAACUGGAUCUCAUUGCCAUUCCUGACUUUGCAAGUGGAGCCAUGGAAAACUGGGGCCUCAUCACAUGCAGUGAGACGUCGCUGCUCUUUGACCCCAGGACGUCUUCUAUGUCUGAUAAACUGUGGGUCACCAAGGUGAUAGCCCAUGAACUAGCACACCAGUGGUUUGGUAACCUGGUUACAAUGGAAUGGUGGAAUGAUAUUUGGCUCAAUGAAGGUUUUGCAACAUACAUGGAACUUAUCUCUCUCAACAUCACAUAUCCAGAGCUACAGUUUGAUGACACUUUUUCGAACACAUGCUUUGAAGUCAUUAAAAGAGAUUCACUAAAUUCAUCCCAUCCUAUCUCCAAUCAAGCAAAAACUCCUACUCAAAUACAGGAAAUGUUUGAUGCCGUUUCCUACAACAAGGGAGCUUGUAUUUUGAACAUGCUCAAGGAUUUCCUGAGUGAGGAGACAUUCAGGAAAGGAAUUAUUCACUACUUAAAGAAGUUCAGCUAUAGAAAUGCUAAGAAUGAUGAUUUGUGGCUCAGUCUGUCAAAUAAUUGUUUAGAAAGUGAUUCUACAUCAAGUGGAUUUUGCUAUUCUGAUUCCAAGAAGACAAGCAACACACUCGCGUUUCUGAGGGAAAAUGUAGAGCUCAAGGAGAUGAUGGCUACAUGGACUCUGCAGAAAGGCAUCCCCCUCGUGGUGGUUAAACGAGAAGGGCGUUCCCUCAGACUGCAGCAAGAGCGCUUCUUGUCCGCGGUUUCCAAGGAGGACCCUGAAUGGGGGACCCUGCAGGAAAGGUACCUUUGGCAUAUCCCAGUGACCUACUCCACGAGUUCCUCUAAUGUGAUUCACAGACACAUUCUGAAAUUGAAGACAGAUACUCUGGAUUUAUCUGAGAAGACCAACUGGGUGAAGUUCAAUGUGGACACCAAUGGCUACUACAUCGUUCAUUAUGAGGGACAAGGAUGGGACAAGCUCAUUACGUUGUUGAAUCAGAACCACACACUUCUCAGACCGAAGGACAGAAUAGGUCUGAUUCACGAUGCGUUUCAGCUAGUAAGUGCAGGAAGGCUGACCCUAGACAAAGCUCUUGACCUGACUCGCUACCUCCAACAUGAAACAAGCAUUCCCGCGCUUCUCAAAGGUCUGGAAUACCUAGAAUUGUUUUACCACAUGGUGGAAAGAAGGAACAUUUCAGAUGUCACUGAAAAUCUCAAGCAUCACCUUCUCCAGUAUUUUAAGCCAGUGAUUGACACGCAAAGCUGGGUUGACGAGGGCUCCGUCUGGGACAGAAUGCUUCGCUCCACUGUCUUGAAGCUGGCCUGUUACCUGAACCAUGCUCCUUGCAUCCAGAAAGCAACUGAACUCUUCUCUCAGUGGAUGGAAUCCAGUGGAAAAUUAAAUAUCCCAACAGAUGUUUUAAAGAUCGUGUAUUCCGUGGGGGCUCAAACAACAGCAGGAUGGAACUACCUUUUAGAGCAAUAUGAACUGUCAUUGUCGGGUGCUGAAAAAAACAAAAUUCUGUAUGCAUUGUCAACCAGCAAACAUCAGGAAAAAUUAAUCAAGUUAAUUGAACUAGGAAUGGAAGGGAAGGUUAUCAAGACGCAGGACUUGGCAGCUCUUCUUUUUGCGAUUGCCAGAAAUCCAAAGGGGCAGCAACUAGCCUGGAACUUUGUAAAAGAAAAUUGGACCCAUCUCCUUAAAAAAUUUGAGUUGGGCUCCUUCCCCAUGAGAACGAUCAUCUCCGGCACAACAUCUCAUUUUUCUUCCAAGGAUGAGUUGCAGGAGGUGAAACUGUUCUUUGAAUCUCUUAAGGCCCAAGGAUCACAUCUAGAUAUAUUUCAAACUAUUCUGGAAGCGAUAUCCAAAAAUAUUAAGUGGCUGGAGAAGAACCUUCCCACCCUGAGGAAAUGGCUACUGAUUAGUAUUUAA